AUGGAGACGGACCGGGUUCUGAGGCCGUGUCACUCGCACCUAGACGGGGUGGCGCCUCCCCCCGUUCAGCCCGUGGCGCAGGAGGUCACCAGCAGUAGGGAUGAGGCAUCCGCCCCUACCGAGACCCCUCCGCCUGGGGUAGCAGAGCCGUCACUUGAACCGCACCCCGCCGAGGGGCAGGAGCACACCACGGCACACACUUCAGGCUCACCUCCACGUCCCCCCUCCCCAGCUUCGACACCGGUACCGGCACGAGGCCCGGCCCUAUCCUGUGCGACACCACCUCUAUCUUCGCUGACACCCCCCCCGCGCGGGGCUGGUGAGCCGUCUCCUCCCCUCAUCCCAGGCGAUCCUCUCGGAGCUCAGGCUGCCCACGGGGUCCCCUCUACAGCCAGUUCCGACGCCACGGCCCCGAUUGACCCCGCCGACACGGCGACAUCACCCGACCAGGUCAUGAGUUGCCCCACCUGCAGGAGCUCUCUCGCGAACCGACGCGCGCUCCAGCACCACAUUCCCUUCUGCCAUCCUGCGGACGCGGCUCGCAGGGCGCAGGCUGCCCAUGAUACCGCCUCGAUCAUCCCUUCCCUCUCACAGCCCCGUGCGACCGGGAUGCAGUUCACCGACGCACAGUGGCAGACGCUUGACUCGGUGGACUGGACAGAGUACUUCUCGCCCGAGCGUAUCCAUACACGCCCUCUCCGACGUGUCCCGGAGAGGGUCCGCGGAGGAUAUCUUGACGUCCUCAGUGCGAUCCUAGUCCGCAUUGCCCAGGACCCGGAGGCUGCUGGCCCUACCUUCCUCCUCGCUGCAGCGCCGACUCUUUUCCUUGUUCCAGCGACGCCACCCGACCGCUCGCACACGGCUGCCAUUGCAGCGCGCAUCUCCCGCUUUGGUCGAGCCCCAGAUACACAGGGGACGAUACAGCGCCUGCAGUCGAAGCACCCCAACGCGGAGAGGCCGACCCCAGCUUGGCUGUAUGGCUUCCAGGGGUCCCCUCUUGUGCUCUCGGUGGAUCACUUACGCCGCGCGAUUUUCACAGCUCCGCGGGGCUCUUCCGGGAGGACCUCGAACAUGGAUGUUCGGCCGAUUGCCAUCGGCGAGGUUUUGGUCCGCAUUCUUUCUCGUGCAGUCUGUCUCCAGCUACGUGACCAGAUGGCGAGGGUCUUCUUGGCGUCACAGCCGUUUGGGGUGGGGGUUAUGUGCGGGACAGAGGUCGUAGUUAGAGGCGUCCGCCGCGCCCUGGCUGACCACCCAGACUGGGUGGUCCUGCAGCUAGACGUGGCGAAUGCCUUUAACUCUUUCCACCGAGACAGGAUGUUCCAGGCGCUGCAGGCCAGCCCGGAGUUUCAGUGUCUGAUCCCCUUCAUCGGCCCUCUUCUACGGGUACGCCCUCGGAUCUCCACUACAGCGUCUUGCUUUGGAGCCGGUUCUGGCGAGGGGGAUUUCCAGCUCUGGUCGUACGCCGAUGACACGUACGUGCUAGGUCCCCCAGCCAGGGUGCUGCACCACUUUGCCGAGAUCGUGAGGCGCUUGGGCGAGAUGGGCCUUGCAGCCCAGCCGCACAAGUGCCUCGUCUACCAGACGGAGUCCUUUCUGUCCAGGGAUCUGGAGGCUUUUCACGGGCCUAGGGAUCGAGGUCGCACGCCGAGGGCUCACCGUGACAGGCGUACCGGUAGGCACCGUUUUGUUCGUGGAGCAGAGUCUCCCGGAUCGUCUCGAGAGGAUGGGGGGGUGCUACCUUGGCUUCCGAGGUUGCGCCAGCCCCAGACAGCUGCCCGCCUCCUUUCGGCGUGUCGUCAGCACUCGUCCGCAGUACCUGUCGAGGACCGUCCCUCCUUCGCCCGCAGUGAUCUCCAGUUUUACACGGUGGGACGCACGCCUGGGAGAGACAUUUCAGCAGCUUUUAGCUUCAGGGACCUGGGCUUGUCGCGAGGACGUCCGAGAGGCCGCCCUAGACCAGAUCUUCCUCCCCAUCCGUCUCGGGGGUUUCGGCAUUCGUCGCAUGGCGCGCAUUGCCCGAGCUUUGCUUCAGGUGAGCCAGAGCAGAUCGACCGGGCUCUGCAGACGGCGCUAGAGGGUCUCCCACCUGACGUUCUCUCUCUCCUUCCCCCCUGGCCCUCUUGCACUUCUGCCUCCCCCGAUUCCCUUUUUGCAGGAGCGAGCCGUCUUCUGGAGGCGCAUGCCUUGGAGGCCGUGCGUGCCCGUCACGCCUCUCCCUUGCACCUUGCCCGUUUGACUUCCCUUCAGGGCGGAGGUGCAGGGGCGUGGUUGACGUCGGUGCCGUACGCCGACCCACUGCGCAUCCCGGAGGCGCUGUGGCAGGCGGCUUCAUCUUCUCGUCUUGGUGGGCAGAGGGGACGGCAGGGGGAGCAGACGGGCCAGGACGGGGAGGGGGGACGGCACAGGCAGCAGCAGGAGAGCCAGUGGAGGCCGCGGGCCCAGGGCGCCGCGCCUCCAGGUUCGGCCUCGGGGGCGGGGCAGGGGCGGGAGCAGCAGAGAGCGGACGGAGGUACAGGAGAGGCAGCGGGAUUGGGAGGGGAGGGCCAGGGAGUGAGAGAGGCAGCAGGGGAUGGAGCAAGGGGGUCGGGAGGUUUGGGGGAGGGUAGAGAGGGGGAGGGGAGAGGACAGGUGGAUGGAGGAGAGGAGAGGGGGAGAGAGACGAUCGGAGAGGGGGCACCAAGGGACCAGACAGGGCAGCAGCCAGCGCAACAGCAGGGACCAGUCGGACGCACAGGCCGUGUAGGCACCGCCUCCCGCAUUCCAGAUCUCACCUGCCGCGACGUUGGCCAGGGUCUGAUGGUUCUUGUGGAUGUCUCCAUAGCGGAUCCACAGCGGGAGGGGAACGUGCAGCUGAGACGGGCGACCCCCACACAGAUUGGAGUGGCAGCAGCUAGGCGGGUGCAGGAGAAGCUGCGUCACUGGGGGCCGCACUUAGAGGGGCUGCAGCCGGCACCACACUUUUACGCGUGCGUGGCGGAGACCUUUGGCCUUCUGAGUGAGCCGAUGCGUCAGUUUCUGGAGCUCUGCGCAAAGAGGAUAGCACAGCGGAGGAGGGAUAGAGGUGGGGGGGAUGACGGAUCGGCACGGACAUUUGAGGCAGGACUCACUACACGCCUCUCCGUUGCACUGCAGCGCGCGCAGGCUCAAUGCAUGAUCCAGCAUGCGUCACACCCCCUGCCCCCUCAUGCCAUCCGCUCCCCCCGCCCCUACCCUCCGCGUGCCCGCUCCCUUGCCGCCUCUUUUGACCCUCCCUGCCCCCCUCGCCGUUUCCCACCGCCCGCCAUUCGCUCCUCCCCGCCCGUGCGCUCUCCUCGCUUACCUUCUCCUCCCCCCUCCCCUCCUCUGCUGCACGCCUCUUCCUUCCCCUCGCCGACCCACUCCACUCCCUUGCCCCUCCUCAAUCCGCACCCUGCCCCUCGUAUCUCGCCCCCCCUAUGCUUGCUUCUCCCCCUCCCUGCCCCUCCCUCCUCCCCGCCCUGCCCCUCGUUUUCCGCCCCCCCACACCCGGUUUCUCCCCUCCCCGCGCCUCCCUUUCUUUCUCCGUGCCUCUCCUUUGCUCCCUCCCUGCCCCCGCCUGCCCAUGCCCCUGUCUUUGGCUUCUCCCCUCCCUGCCCCACGUUUCUUCCCUCCCUGCCCUCCCCCUCUGCCCCUCCCUUGUUUUCCCCUCACCCAUUGCUUCUCCCCUCCCUGCCCUUCUGGCCCAGCCCCUGCCCGUUGCUGCCCCUCCCCUUGCCCCCUCAACUCCCCUGCCCCCCGUACACCCCAGUCCCAUCCAACCGCCCCCACCCUCCCCCGGCUGCCCGUUUCCGCUCUCCACCCCCGCGACCGUGCGCGGCUUCCAACCGCCCAACGGUGGUGCGCACGGGGCGUUUCUUCGCACGGGCAAGCCUCCCCGGGGGCCCCCCACCCCGCUGGGUCGUUGGGCAUAAAUGGGUACAACACGAGGACUUCCCGGGAGGUCACCGGUCACGCACCGCCACCGAUCCCUCUACAGCAGAUGAGCGCCGCAUUGCACGUUGCCUUCGUCUGGCAGCGUGCAAUGAGACCUCACGGGCGUGCGCGGCUCUCGAGUCCGCGGAGGCAGCCCCAGAUACACAGGGGACGAUACAGCGCCUGCAGUCGAAGCACCCCAACGCGGAGAGGCCGACCCCAGCUUUUGCUGUCUGGCUUCCAGGGGUCCCCUCUUGUGCUCUCGGUGGAUCACUUACGCCGCGCAAUUUUCACAGCUCCGCGGGGCUCUUCGGGAGGACCUCGAACAUGGAUGUUCGGCCGAUUGCCAUCGGCGAGGUUUUGGUCCGCAUUCUUUCUCGUGCAGUCUGUCUCCAGCUACGUGACCAGAUGGCGAGGGUCUUCUUGGCGUCACAGCAGUUUGGGGUGGGGGUUAUGUGCGGGACAGAGGUCGUAGUUAGAGGCGUCCGCCGCGCCCUGGCUGACCACCCAGACUGGGUGGUCUUGCAGCUAGACGUGGCGAAUGCCUUUAACUCUUUCCACCGAUACAGGAUGUUCCAGGCGCUGCAGGCCAGCCCGGAGUUUCAGUGUCUGAUCCCCUUCAUCGGCCUCUUCUACGGGACGCCCUCGGAUCUCCACUACAGGUCAGGCACGGGAGUGGUCACGAUGCACUCGGAGCGGGGCACUCGCCAGGGAGACCCUCUCAGCCCCUUCUUGUACGCUCUGACACAGCGUCUUGCUUUGGAGCCGGUUCUGGCGGAGGGGGAUGUCCAGCUCUGGUCGUACGCCGAUGACACGUACGUGCUAGGUCCCCCAGACAGGGUGCUGCACCACUUUGCCGAGAUCGUGAGGCGCUUGGGCGAGAUGGGCCUUGCAGCCCAGCCGCACAAGUGCCUCGUCUACCAGACGGAGUCCUUUCUGUCCAGGGAUCUGGAGGCUUUCACGGGCCUAGGGAUCGAGGUCGCACGCCGAGGGCUCACCGUGACAGGCGUACCGGUAGGCACCGUUUCGUUCGUGGAGCAGAGUCUCCCGGAUCGUCUCGAGAGGAUGGGGCGGGUGCUACCUUGGCUUCCAAGGUUGCGCCAGCCCCAGACAGCUGCCCGCCUCCUUUCAGGCGUGUGUCAGCACUCGUCCGCAGUACCUGUCGAGGACCGUCCCUCCUUCGCCCGCAGUGAUCUCCAGUUUUACACGAUCUUCCUCCCCAUCCGUCUCGGGGGUUUCGGCAUUCGUCGCAUGGCGCGCAUUGCCCCGAGCUUCGCUUCAGGUGAGCCAGAGCAGAUCGACCGGGCUCUGCAGACGGCGCUAGAGGGUCUCCCACCUGACGUUCUCUCUCUCCUUCCCCCCUGGCCCUCUUGCGCUUCUGCCUCCCCCGAUUCCCUUUUUGCAGGAGCGAGCCGUCUUCUGGAGGCGCAUGCCUUGGAGGCCGUGCGUGCCCGUCACGCCUCUCCCUUGCACCUUGCCCGUUUGACUUCCCUUCAGGGCGGAGGUGCAGGGGCGUGGUUGACGUCGGUGCCGUACGCCGAUCCACUGCGCAUCCCGGAGGCGCUGUGGCAGGCGGCUUCAUCUUCUCGUCUUGGUCUCCCUAUCCCCCAGUUAGCCCUUGCAGGUCAGUGCUCCUGCGGACAGGCGAUUGACGACAUGACGGUGCCUCAUCACGCGGUUCGGUGCCCGCGCUACGGGGUCGCCACUACCAUCCACGACACGGUGAAGUACAUGCUUCGAGACUUUGCGGUCGAGGCGGGCUUCGCGGUAAAGGUGGAGGACUCUACGCUGUUCACACAGUUGGAGGCGGCUCGAGCGAGACUACUGGGACAGCCAGUGGUGGGAGAGGGGACACGGGCUGAGGGACCGGGGGAGCGGAGAGGCGAGGCGGGACAGCCGGGUGGCGGGGGACAGUGGGGACGGCACCAGCUGCGGGGUCAGGUGGAGCGAGGGACAGGUGGGCAGAGGGGAUGGCAGGGGGAGCAGACGGGCCAGGACGGGGAGGGGGGACGGCACAGGCAGCAGCAGGAGAGCCAGUGGAGGCCGCGGGCCCAGGGCGCCGCGCCUCCAGGUUCGGCCUCGGGGGCGGGGCAGGGGCGGGAGCAGCAGAGAGCGGACGGAGGUACAGGAGGGGCAGCGGGAUUGGGAGGGGAGGGCCAGGGAGUGAGAGAGGCAGCAGGGGAUGGAGCAGGGGGGUCGGGAGGUUUGGGGGAGGGUAGAGAGGGGGAGGGGAGAGGACAGGUGGAUGGAGGAGAGGAGAGGGGGAGAGAGACGAUCGGAGAGGGGGCACCAAGGGACCAGACAGGGCAGCAGCCAGCGCAACAGCAGGGACCAGUCGGACGCACAGGCCGUGUAGGCACCGCCUCCCGCAUUCCAGAUCUCACCUGCCGCGACGUUGGCCAGGGUCUGAUGGUUCUUGUGGAUGUCUCCAUAGCGGAUCCACAGCGGGAGGGGAACGUGCAGCUGAGACGGGCGACCCCCACACAGAUUGGAGUGGCAGCAGCUAGGCGGGUGCAGGAGAAGCUGCGUCACUGGGGGCCGCACUUAGAGGGGCUGCAGCCGGACACCACACUUUUACGCUCACACCCCCUGCCCCCUCAUGCCAUCCGCUCCCCCCGCCCCUACCCUCCGCGUGCCCGCUCCCUUGCCGCCUCUUUUGACCCUCCCUGCCCCCCUCGCCUGUUUCCCACCGCCCGCCAUUCGCUCCUCCCCGCCCGUGCGCUCCCCUCGCUUACCUUCUCCUCCCCCCUCCCCUCCUCUGCUGCACGCCUCUUCCUUCCCCUCGCCGACCCACUCCACUCCCUGCCCCUCCUCAAUCCGCACCCUGCCCCUCGUAUCUCGCCCCCCUAUGCUUGGUUUCUCCCCUCCCUGCCCCUCGCCGCCUUUCUCCGCCCCCCACCUCCCCCCUCUCCCUGCCCCCCCACUCUCCCACCCUUGCCCUUGGCUUCCUACCUCCCUGCCCCACCUUUCCCCCCUCUGUGUGCUCAGCUUCUCCCCUCCCUGCCCCUCCCUCCUCCCCGCCCUGCCCCUCGUUUUCCGCCCCCCCACGCCCGGUUUCUCCCCUCCCCGCGCCUCCCUUUCUUUCUCCGUGCCUCUCCUCUGCUCCCUCCCUGCCCCGCGCCUGCCCAUGCCCCUGUCUUUGGCUUCUCCCCUCCCUGCCCCACGUUUCUUCCCUCCCUGCCCACCCCCUCUGCCCCUCCCUUGUUUUCCCCUCACCCAUUGCUUCUCCCCUCCCUGCCCUUGAUUUCCCGCACCCCUGCCCUUGUUUCCUACCAUCCAUGCCCCUCGUUUCCCCCCCUUUGUACGUUCAGCCUCUUCCCUCCCUGCCCCUCCCUUCCUCCCCCCCUGCCCUUUGCUCUCCCCUCCUGGCCCAGCCCCUGCCCGUUGCUGCCCCUCCCCUUGCCCCCUCAACUCCCCUGCCCCCCGUACACCCCAGUCCCAUCCAACCGCCCCCACCCUCCCCCGGCUGCCCGUUUCCGCUCUCCACCCCCGCGACCGUGUGCGGCUUCCAACCGCCCAACGAUGCAUUACCGCCCCUUUCCCCUUAUCCCCCACCACGCCCCCAAGCAGGCUUUUCUCCCCCCAGCCUCCCGUCUCCCUGCCCUUAGUACCGCCGCGCCCUGCCCGUGCGUCACCCUUGCCCACUUCAUACCACCUCCCCCUUCUCCCCCCCCCCGGCUUCUCCCUAUCAUCACCCGCAUGUUCCCCCACUCCCCUGUCCACAACGUCCCUCCUCCACCCCCCCUCCUGCCUUCCCCACUCCCACUCUGCCCCCCACACCUCUACGAGCCGUACUUCCCCCUCCAGCCUCCCUUUCCCCCCCAGCUACUUCCGCAUCCAGCGUGGGCUGCACCUCUGCAUCCCGCCCUGCCAGGCCCUACGGUGACCCAACUGCCGCCACCUGGCACCAUGCCGCCUUUCCCACCCCCAUCCAAUCUCUACACCCCCUGCCCCUGCUCCCUGCGCAAUCCAGCCACCUACCCCAGCCUCCCUCUACCUCUCCCUAACUCCACACCGCCGUUCCUACCCCCAGCCAAGGUCUACACCCCUUGCUUUUGCUCCCUGGGCUGUGCCGUCCCCAACCUCCCUCCGCCUUUCCGCGGCACCAGACCGCCUCUCCCUCCCCCAGCCAACCUUUGCACCCCCUGUUCCUGCCCCUUGUGCCCUCCAACACCCUACCUCAACCCCCCCCAGUCUCCCCCUUCUCCAACACCCUCCAUAUUUCCUCCCCCCUGGGGCUCGCCCAUCCGCAGUUAUCACCCUUCAUCGUUUCCCCAAUUCCCUCUGUCCCCUGUUUCCCGGCCCCGCAUCCUAUUCUGCAUUUACCACAGCGCCUCCUUUCGGUGCCCUCUCUGCCCUCCCACGUUCUCACCCCCCGCCUCCCAACCUUCUCAUUACCCGCUACCAGGCUCACGCCAACUCGACUACCCACUACCCUUUGCCCCUUCCUCUCUGUUCCCCACCCUUCCUUUCCCACUUGGCUCCACCUGCCCACCCCCACCUCCCGUGGAAUUCUGCCCGUGCCCUCCCCACCUCCGGCCCACCACCUGUCCCCACACCUCUGCUCACCCACCGCUACAUCACCCCCGCCCCCCCACCUCCACUACAGCCCGCCAACACUUCCCCUCUCAGCCGGCCCCCAGCCCGCCCCCCCCCUUGGGCCCCAAUCCCCUCCAACUGUCAGGCCCCCUCUACCCUCUCUUCCACCCACUGCGCACCGCUUUCCCCACCCUUUUCCCCUUUCCCCAAGCUAACCCCCCGCACCCCGGCCUCUGCCAGGGAGCUCCUUCCCCCUUUGACGCCCUCUUGAGCCAACUCCAGCAACUCACACCGCCACCGCCAGGCAUGCUGCCUCUAGCCAGGGGGGAACUUGCAGCUGACACUGCACGGGAAGGGGUAAGUGAGUUUGUGUGUGAAGGAGCAGCAGAGGCUGCAGAGGAUGGGGCAGCAAAGGCUGCACGGGAAGGGGCAAUGGGGGUUGUGGGGGAAGGGGCAGCAGAGGCUGCAGAGGAAAGGGCAGCAGAGGCUGCAAGGGAAGGGGCAGCAGCGGCUGCACGGGAAAGGGCGGCAGGGGCUGCACGGGAAGGGGCGGCAGGGACCGUGACUCUGGCCAGGCAAAGGGCAGAGGCCAUGGAGACAGGUUUUGCAGGAGUAGGGGCCACGGAACCUGCUGCUGUGUCGGCUGGGGGAACCGCAGCAGAGGAGGCUAUAGUGACCGCACCAGUCGAGGCUGCAAGGACUGCAGCAGGAGCGACAGAGGCCACAGUGGGGGCUGGUAUAGGGGGAGGUGCUACGGGUGCAGCGGGGAAGGGGGUAACGGGGACUGGUGCGAGGGAGAGUGCCGCCCCGGCUGUAGCAAGAGAGGGUACGGCAGGGGCUAGAGUGGGAGAGGGGACAGCAGUGGCCUCAAAGGCAGAAGGUGAGGCUGCAGCUGAAGCAGCAGGGAGGGCCAUAGCACGGCCAGUAGGGGCGGCAGGGGCCGCAGCAAACGCGGGGAAACACACAGCAGGGCCGGCAGGGCCGGCAGGGACUGCAAAAGGGGCUAGCAGUAAAGCGGCAGCAGGCGGGGUGGGCUCGGGGGACAUAGGGGCAACAGGGGAAGGAGAGGUGAGUGUGGUCCCGACCGGGGUGGGCACUGAAGAGGGGGAUGUGAUAGCGAUAGAGGAGGAUGAGGGAGAGGAUGUGAUGCACAUUGACGGGCCACUGGCCCAAUACCUCACGCUUGACGGUGAGGCCGACCCGGCCCCCCUGCAGCCUCACGUCGAGGUUCCCCCUCUACCCCCCAUGCCCGUCCCCAUGCUAGCAGAAGGACCGAUGGAGGGGCUGGGGGAGACCUUGAGGACAGAGCCGCGCGAGGGAGCCCCCAUCCUCACCUCCCGUCCUCCAGCCCACCCACCCCCAGGAGCACCACUUCCCCACCCCCACCCUCAGGUCCCGGUAGUGUCCAGGGGGGCAGCCAAGGCCCUGGCCUUCUUGGCGGAGCCGUGCUCCCCGACCCCCACGCUGCUCCAUGGCCAGCCCCCCUCUCCGUCCCCAACGCCUGACCCCACGGUUGCAGGCGGUCCACCGGGAGAGCACGCGGCACACCUCUGCCCCCACCCUCAGGGGCUCCUUAGAGCACCACGUGGAGCAGCCAGGGCUCUGGUCUUCCUAGAGGAGCCAUGCUCCCCGACUCCUACCAACACCCAGCCACCCCCUACCGGCCCACUACCCCCUCCUCCACCAGGCCCCCCCCCACCCGGUAGUACACACAUCUCGGAGGUUGAAGCAUCUCUGCGGCCAAAUCCCUCUCCCACACGCUACAAGCACCCAAACCACCCGAGUCGCCGCACAGCCCCAACACGCCCACCCAACAGGCUGCCCUCCCCACACCACCCCCCCCAGGCAGCCGAGACCCACCCGCAAGGGCUUGCGCCCCAGGCUCAUGGGAGCGGCGGCACCCUGGUAGAGGGGCCCACAGGAGAGGCCACCACAGGGCCCACACAAAUCUCUCUCCCCCCACCGUUUGUACCUCGCUCUAACCUCCACACUGGCCCAGCCCCUCGACCCCCACCUCCAACCCCCUCUCCCGGCCGGGUUCCCCACGAGUGGCCCCGUUGGGCAGCCAUCACCCCCCACACACAGCUUGCCCGAUCUGUUCCCACGGAGGGGGAUGUUUCGAGGAGAGAGGAGAUGCACACAGAGCACCCCCCGCCUGGCGAACCACCCAUCCUCCCUCCACCCACCCCUUUGGCCCCACAGCCCCCCCUUCCUUCACAAACAGGCGCGGACAACCAGGUGGCGGCGGCCGCGAUCGCUACUGGGAGGGAGGCCGUCGGGUUGAGGGAUGCGCCCAUGGCAGACGCCACCGACUCCCCCUCCCAUCCCUCCCACCCCUUCCAUGUCGACGACCCCCUACCGCAACCCAUGGUGAUUGGGGAGGGCCAAGGGGGCCUUCUAGGGCAGGGUCCACACCCGAGCUCCGCUCAGCCAGCACGCCCCACUCCACCCUCUACCCUGCCAGCCCUCCUACUCUCACCUACAGGCAGGCAGGUCUUCGAGACCCCAGAGGAGCUAGGCGCGUCACUCCCGACCCCAAUGGAGACGGACCGGGUUCUGAGGCCGUGUCACUCGCACCUAGACGGGGUGGCGCCUCCCCCCGUUCAGCCCGUGGCGCAGGAGGUCACCAGCAGUAGGGAUGAGGCAUCCGCCCCUACCGAGACCCCUCCGCCUGGGGUAGCAGAGCCGUCACUUGAACCGCACCCCGCCGAGGGGCAGGAGCACACCACGGCACACCAGGCUCACCUCCACGUCCCCCCUCCCCAGCUUCGACACCGGUACCGGCACGAGGCCCGGCCCUAUCCUGCCGCCCACGGGGUCCCCUCUACAGCCAGUUCCGACGCCACGGCCCCGAUUGACCCCGCCGACACGGCGACAUCACCCGACCAGGUCGUGAGUUGCCCCACCUGCAAGAGCUCUCUCGCGAACCGACGCGCGCUCCAGCACCACAUUCCCUUCUGCCAUCCUGCGGACACGGCUCGCAGGGCGCAGGCUGCCCAUGAUACCGCCUCGAUCAUCCCUUCCCUCUCACAGCCCCGUGCGACCGGGAUGCAGUUCACCGACGCACAGUGGCAGACGCUCGACUCGGUGGACUGGACAGAGUACUUCUCGCCCGAGCGUAUCCAUACACGCCCUCUCCGACGUGUCCCGGAGAGGGUCCGCGGAGGAUAUCUUGACGUCCUCAGUGCGAUCCUAGUCCGCAUUGCCCAGGACCCGGAGGCUGCUGGCCCUACCUUCCUCCUCGCUGCAGCGCCGACUCUUUUCCUUGUUCCAGCGACGCCACCCGACCGCUCGCACACGGCUGCCAUUGCAGCGCGCAUCUCCCGCUUUGGUCGAGGUGAGUGGGCUGAGCUAGUCUCAGAUGCACUAGGCCGUCGCACACCCCUUCCUCGGCGCACAGGUCACCGGUCACGCACCGCCACCGAUCCCUCUACAGCAGAUGAGCGCCGCAUUGCACGUUGCCUUCGUCUGGCAGCGUGCAAUGAGACCUCACGGGCGUGCGCGGCUCUCGAGUCUGCGGAGGCAGCCCCAGAUACACAGGGGACGAUACAGCGCCUGCAGUCGAAGCACCCCAACGCGGAGAGGCCGACCCCAGCUUGGCUGUCUGGCUUCCAGGGGUCCCCUCUUGUGCUCUCGCGUCUUGCUUUGGAGCCGGUUCUGGCGGAGGGGGGUGUCCAGCUCUGGUCGUACGCCGAUGACACGUACGUGCUAGGUCCCCCAGCCAGGGUGCUGCACCACUUUGCCGAGAUCGUGAGGCGCUUGGGCGAGAUGGGCCUUGCAGCCCAGCCGCACAAGUGCCUCGUCUACCAGACGGAGUCCUUUCUGUCCAGGGAUCUGGAGGCUUUCACGGGCCUAGGGAUCGAGGUCGCACGCCGAGGGCUCACCGUGACAGGCGUACCGGUAGGCACCGUUUCGUUCGUGGAGCAGAGUCUCCCGGAUCGUCUCGAGAGGAUGGGGCGGGUGCUACCUUGGCUUCCGAGGUUGCGCCAGCCCCAGACAGCUGCCCGCCUCCUUUCGGCGUGUGUCAGCACUCGUCCGCAGUACCUGUCGAGGACCGUCCCUCCUUCGCCCGCAGUGAUCUCCAGUUUUACACGGUGGGAUGCACGCCUGGGAGAGACAUUUCAGCAGCUUUUAGCUUCAGGGACCUGGGCUUGUCGCGAGGACGUCCGAGAGGCCGCCCUAGACCAGAUCUUCCUCCCCAUCCGUCUCGGGGGUUUCGGCAUUCGUCGCAUGGCGCGCAUUGCCCCGGUGAGUUUCGUGUGCUCCUGGGUGCAGUGUGCACCCAUUCUCUGUUCUCUCCCUGCGUGUGGCGAGGUGUUUCAGCAGAGCUUCGCUUCAGGUGAGCCAGAGCAGAUCGACCGGGCUCUGCAGACGGCGCUAGAGGGUCUCCCACCUGACGUUCUCUCUCUCCUUCCCCCCUGGCCCUCUUGCACUUCUGCCUCCCCCGAUUCCCUUUUUGCAGGAGCGAGCCGUCUUCUGGAGGCGCAUGCCUUGGAGGCCGUGCGUGCCCGUCACGCCUCUCCCUUGCACCUUGCCCGUUUGACUUCCCUUCAGGGCGGAGGUGCAGGGGCGUGGUUGACGUCGGUGCCGUACGCCGACCCACUGCGCAUCCCGGAGGCGCUGUGGCAGGCGGCUUCAUCUUCUCGUCUUGGUCUCCCUAUCCCCCAGUUAGCCCUUGCAGGUCAGUGCUCCUGCGGACAGGCGAUUGACGACAUGACGGUGCCUCAUCACGCGGUUCGGUGCCCGCGCUACGGGGUCGCCACUACCAUCCACGACACGGUGAAGUACAUGCUUCGAGACUUUGCGGUCGAGGCGGGCUUCGCGGUAAAGGUGGAGGACUCUACGCUGUUCACACAGUUGGAGGCGGCUCGAGCGAGACUACUGGGACAGCCAGUGGUGGGAGAGGGGACACGGGCUGAGGGACCGGGGGAGCGGAGAGGCGAGGCGGGACAGCCGGGUGGCGGGGGACAGUGGGGACGGCACCAGCUGCGGGGUCAGGUGGAGCGAGGGACAGGUGGGCAGAGGGGACGGCAGGGGGAGCAGACGGGCCAGGACGGGGAGGGGGGACGGCACAGGCAGCAGCAGGAGAGCCAGUGGAGGCCGCGGGCCCAGGGCGCCGCGCCUCCAGGUUCGGCCUCGGGGGCGGGGCAGGGGCGGGAGCAGCAGAGAGCGGACGGAGGUACAGGAGGGGCAGCGGGAUUGGGAGGGAAGGGCCAGGGAGUGAGAGAGGCAGCAGGGGAUGGAGCAGGGGGGUCGGGAGGUUUGGGGGAGGGUAGAGAGGGGGAGGGGAGAGGACAGGUGGAUGGAGGAGAGGAGAGGGGGAGAGAGACGAUCGGAGAGGGGGCACCAAGGGACCAGACAGGGCAGCAGCCAGCGCAACAGCAGGGACCAGUCGGACGCACAGGCCGUGUAGGCACCGCCUCCCGCAUUCCAGAUCUCACCUGCCGCGACGUUGGCCAGGGUCUGAUGGUUCUUGUGGAUGUCUCCAUAGCGGAUCCACAGCGGGAGGGGAACGUGCAGCUGAGACGGGCGACCCCCACACAGAUUGGAGUGGCAGCAGCUAGGCGGGUGCAGGAGAAGCUGCGUCACUGGGGGCCGCACUUAGAGGGGCUGCAGCCGGCACCACACUUUUACGCGUGCGUGGCGGAGACCUUUGGCCUUCUGAGUGAGCCGCUGCGUCAGUUUCUGGGGCUCUGCGCAAAGAGGAUAGCACAGCGGAGGAGGGAUAGAGGUGGGGGGGAUGACGGAUCGGCACGGAUAUUUGAGGCAGGAUUCACUACACGCCUCUCCGUUGCACUGCAGCGCGCGCAGGCUCAAUGCAUGAUCCAGCAUGCGGUGCGGCAGUUAGGGAGUCACACCCCCUGCCCCCUCAUGCCAUCCGCUCCCCCCGCCCCUACCCUCCGCGUGCCCGCUCCCUUGCCGCCUCUUUUGACCCUCCCUGCCCCCCUCGCCGUUUCCCACCGCCCGCCAUUCGCUCCUCCCCGCCCGUGCGCUCCCCUCGCUUACCUUCUCCUCCCCCCUCCCCUCCUCUGCUGCACGCCUCUUCCUUCCCCUCGCCGACCCACUCCACUCCCUGCCCCUCCUCAAUCCGCACCCUGCCCCUCGUAUCUCGCCCCCCUAUGCUUGGUUUCUCCCCUCCCUGCCCCUCGCCGCCUUUCUCCGCCCCCCACCUCCCCCCUCUCCCUGCCCCCCCACUCUCCCCCCCUUGCCCUUGGCUUCCUACCUCCCUGCCCCACCUUUCCCCCCUCUGUGUGCUCAGCUUCUCCCCUCCCUGCCCCUCCCUCCUCCCCGCCCUGCCCCUCGUUUUCCUCCCCCCCACACCCGGUUUCUCCCCUCCCCGCGCCUCCCUUUCUUUCUCCGUGCCUCUCCUUUGCUCCCUCCCUGCCCUCGCCUGCCCGUGGUCCUGUCUUUGGCUUCUCCCCUCCCUGCCCCACGUUUCUUCCCUCCCUGCCCUCCCCCUCUGCCCCUCCCUUGUUUUCCCCUCACCCAUUGCUUCUCCCCUCCCUGCCCUUGUUUUCCUACCAUCCAUGCCCCUCGUUUCCCCCCCUUUGUACGUUCAGCCUCUUCCCUCCCUGCCCCUCCCUUCCUCCCCCCCUGCCCUUUGCUCUCCCCUCGUUACGCUCCCUUCUCCCCAUCCCUGCUGCCCUCUUACCACCAUCAGCCCAUCCCCACCACCAGCCCCCCUCCCACCCUUCUCUCCCCCCCUCCCUUUCCCUCUCUCUCUUUCUCACACACACACACGCACACUCCCCUCCCCCACCCCCCCACCCACAUCCUCCCAUUCUGCCCCUCCCUGCCCCUUUCCCACCCCCUCGCACGCCCCUCACCUCCCACCUCCGUGCAACUGGUUUCCCCCCUAUGGUGCCUCCCUUGCAUCGCUCGCCCCUCUGCUCACCCUCUGCCCGCCCCUUUUCCGUGCCCCCAGCUGGCCCAGCCCCUGCCCGUUGCUGCCCCUCCCCUUGCCCCCUCAACUCCCCUGCCCCCCGUACACCCCAGUCCCAUCCAACCGCCCCCACCCUCCCCCGGCUGCCCGUUUCCGCUCUCCACCCCCGCGACCGUGCGCGGCUGCCAACCGCCCAACGGUGGUGCGCACGGGGCCAUUACCGCCCCUUUCCCCUUAUCCCCCACCACGCCCCCAAGCAGGCUUUUCUCCCCCCAGCCUCCCGUCUCCCUGCCCUUAGUACCGCCGCGCCCUGCCCGUGCGUCACCCUUGCCCACUUCAUACCACCUCCCCCUUCUCCCCCCCCUCGGCUUCUCCCUAUCAUCACCCGCAUGUUCCCCCACUCCCCUGUCCACAACGUCCCUCCUCCACCCCCCCUCCUGCCUUCCCCACUCCCACUCUGCCCCCCACACCUCUACGAGCCGUACUUCCCCCUCCAGCCUCCCUUUCCCCCCCAGCUACUUCCGCAUCCAGCGUGGGCUGCACCUCUGCAUCCCGCCCUGCCAGGCCCUUCGGUGACCCAACUGCCGCCACCUGGCACCACGCCGCCUUUCCCACCCCCAUCCAAUCUCUACACCCCCUGCCCCUGCUCCCUGCGCAAUCCAGCCACCUACCCCAGCCUCCCUCUACCUCUCCCUAACUCCACACCGCCGUUCCUACCCCCAGCCAAGGUCUACACCCCUUGCUUUUGCUCCCUGGGCUGUGCCGUCCCCAACCUCCCUCCGCCUUUCCGCGGCACCAGACCGCCUCUCCCUCCCCCAGCCAACCUUUGCACCCCCUGUUCCUGCCCCUUGUGCCCUCCAACACCCUACCUCAACCCCCCCCCAGUCUCCCCCUUCUCCAACACCCUCCAUAUUUCCUCCCCCCUGGGGCUCGCCCAUCCGCACGCCUCCUUUUGGUGCCCUCUCUGCCCUCCCACGUUCUCACCCCCCGCCUCCCAACCUUCUCAUUACCCGCUACCAGGCUCACGCCAACUCGACUACCCACUACCCUUUGCCCCUUCCUCUCUGUUCCCCACCCUUCCUUUCCCACUUGGCUCCACCUGCCCACCCCCACCUCCCGUGGAAUUCUGCCCUGCCCUCCCCACCUCCGGCCCACCACCUGUCCCCACACCCUGCUCACCCACCGCUACAUCACCCCCGCCCCCCCACCUCCACUACAGCCCGCCAACACUUCCCCUCUCAACCGGCCCCCAGCCCGCCCCCCCCUUGGGCCCCAAUCCCCUCCAACUAGCCAGGGGGGAACUUGCAGCUGACACUGCACGGGAAGGGGUAAGUGAGUUUGUGUGUGAAGGAGCAGCAGAGGCUGCAGAGGAUGGGGCAGCAAAGGCUGCACGGGAAGGGGCAAUGGGGGUUGUGGGGGAAGGGGCAGCAGAGGCUGCAGAGGAAAGGGCAGCAGAGGCUGCAAGGGAAGGGGCAGCAGCGGCUGCACGGGAAAGGGCGGCAGGGGCUGCACAGGAAGGGGCGGCAGGGACCGUGACUCUGGCCAGGCAAAGGGCAGAGGCCAUGGAGACAGGUUUUGCAGGAGUAGGGGCCACAGAACCUGCUGCUGUGUCGGCUGGGGGAACCGCAGCAGAGGAGGCUAUAGGGACCGCACCAGUCGAGGCUGCAAGGACUGCAGCAGGAGCGACAGAGGCCACAGUGGGGGCUGGUAUAGGGGGAGGUGCUACGGGUGCAGCGGGGAAGGGGGUAACGGGGACUGGUGCGAGGGAGAGUGCCGCCCCGGCUGUAGCAAGAGAGGGUACGGCAGGGGCUAGAGUGGGAGAGGGGACAGCAGUGGCCUCAAAGGCAGAAGGUGAGGCUGCAGCUGAAGCAGCAGGGAGGGCCAUAGCACGGCCAGUAGGGGCGGCAGGGGCCGCAGCAAACGCGGGGAAACACACAGCAGGGCCGGCAGGGCCGGCAGGGACUGCAAAAGGGGCUAGCAGUAAAGCGGCAGCAGGCGGGGUGGGCUCGGGGGACAUAGGGGCAACAGGGGAAGGAGAGGUGAGUGUGGUCCCGACCGGGGUGGGCACUGAAGAGGGGGAUGUGAUAGCGAUAGAGGAGGAUGAGGGAGAGGAUGUGAUGCACAUUGACGGGCCACUGGCCCAAUACCUCACGCUUGACGGUCCCGGUAGUGUCCAGGGGGGCAGCCAAGGCCCUGGCCUUCUUGGCGGAGCCGUGCUCCCCGACCCCCACGCUGCUCCAUGGCCAGCCCCCCUCUCCGUCCCCAACGCCUGA